CGCAAGUUGUGAAAUUCUGCAUUAGUUUAUUGAACAUAGGUGUCGAUCGCAGUGAGUCUCAUAUUCGUUAGUAGUAAUGACCGAGAAAGAUCUGCUCCAGGCUCAGAUCACCGCCCAGGGAGACGUCGUGCGUAAGCUGAAAUCCUCCGCAGCGGAGAAGGCAAAGUGAAUUCGAUCCACACCGAACAAGACAUUCACCUCAAGCAUAACCAAAAAACCGGCCACCGAUUCGAAUCGCGAAGACCGCAAGGCGGUGUUAAUCGUGAAACGAAACAAAUUUUCGACUCGCAAAAGCGGAAGCGCAGAGCGUAACCAGCGCCCCAAACAAAACAAUGCUUCGUCACUUGUGCUCCCGCCGUUCGGUACACUUCGCUGCGCUACUGGUACGAUCCGGCAGAGCCGCGGAGCGGUGCGAAACUCGCACUCAUUCACUUUUCACGAGUUGGGCUCAACAACGUGGUGGUCACGUAAAUUGCCGCUACUGCCAUUGCAUCGGCAGUCCGGUGGCCACAACCGACGAGGAUGCAAUCGCAAAGAUCGAUGAAGAGGUGGCUAAACUGUUGGCCCUUAAGGCUCAGCUAAAGGAUCUGGAUGGAGCCGGUCUAGCGACCGAGCCGGGCAACAAAAACUUAGUAUUAAAAACUGCUAAGGGAACCCGUGACUAUGGACCGGAGGCGAUGGCCCUGCGUCAGCAGAUAUUCGAUAAGGUGAUCGCCGUGUUCAAGAAGCACGGAGCAGAAACAAUCGACACGCCGGUGUUCGAGCUGAAGGAGGUUCUUACCGGGAAGUACGGGGAUGAUAGCAAGUUGAUCUACGAUUUGAAGGAUCAAGGUGGUGAGAUACUGGCGCUGAGAUAUGACCUCACGGUACCGUUCGCCCGCUUUGUCGGAAUGGGAAACGUGUUUAACAUCCGACGGUAUCACAUCGCUAAAGUUUACCGAAGGGAUAAUCCAUCGAUGACGAAGGGCCGCUAUCGGGAGUUCUAUCAGUGUGAUUUCGAUAUCGCCGGCACGUACGAUCCGAUGUUACCGGAUGCAGAGUGCGUUAAGGUGGUUGUUGAAAUUCUUUCCCAGCUGGAUAUUGGGGAUUUUGUGGUCAAACUCAACCAUCGAAAGCUACUGGAUGGUAUGUUUGAAGCCUGCGGAGUACCAGCUGACAAAUUUCGAACGAUCUGUUCGUCGGUGGACAAACUGGACAAAACACCCUGGGAAGAGGUUCGAAAGGAGAUGAUCAACGAGAAGGGCUUGGAUGCCGCGACUGCAGACCGCAUCGGAGAGUUUGUGCGCAUGAGCGGCGGAGCAGAACUAGUGGACAAACUAGCCGAAGAUGAGAAUCUUAAAAAGAUCAAACCAGCUUUAGAGGGUAUAUCCGAUAUGCGAUUACUGCUGCAGUAUUGUGAGAUUUUCGGGUUGAAGGAUCAGAUCGUUUUCGAUCUCAGUUUGGCCCGCGGGUUGGACUACUACACCGGUGUUAUUUAUGAAGCGGUGCUGAAGGCGGAACCCGUGUUACCCAAGGUUAACGGAGGUGGUAAAUCUAAGAUCAAAGAGGAGGAGGAGGUCUCCGUCGGUUCAGUUGCCGGAGGGGGUCGGUAUGAUAAUCUGGUAGGGAUGUUCAAUCCCAAGAGAAAACAAGUUCCUUGUGUUGGGGUUUCUAUCGGUGUGGAACGAAUUUUCUCCAUCCUGGAGGCCAAAGCACAGCAGAAAGUACGAACCACCGAGGUGGAAGUGUAUGUUGCUUCCGCCCACAAGGGUUUGCAUCUAAAGCGGAUGGAGGUGUUAAAUAUGCUGUGGAAUGCUGGCAUUAAGGCGGAACAUUCCUACAAGCUCAAUCCUAAAUUGCUUGCCCAGCUGCAGUACUGCGAAGAGUACCAAAUUCCGUUUGCGAUCGUUCUGGGUGAUGGUGAAUUGUCGCGAGGUGUUGUCAAACUGAGAGAAAUCAGCAGCCGGAAAGAGGAGGAGCUUCCGCUGGAAUCACUAGCAGAGGAGCUGAGGAAGCGUCUAACGACGCAAUAGGAGCAUUGUAUUCACAACGAAAUUUUAGCUUAUUUUUUCCAAUUUGAUCAUCAUAAUCAUCAAACCCUUUACUCAUAAUACGACAGUUUCAACUUCUUUCACUGCCUCUGACAGUACGAUUGGUUAUUAUAGGAUUCAAAUUGAUAUGAGUGAUGUUCUUCAUUUUUUUUCAAUAAAACCGCUUCGAGCAAAUUGAUUGUUUAAA